AUGGCGUCUCCCAGUCGAUUGCCAGCGGCACGUCGCCCAGCAGCCUCCAGCGCAAAGGCCCGCCCGAUGUCCAUGUUUGACGUUCCCACUGAGCACUUGAGGAGGUUACAACAGAUCGGGGAUGGCAGUGGAUCAGGUUCAGAAAAGUCGGAAGGGGGUGCGACAUCCAAGCAGUCGAAGAGACGGAGUCUGCUACCAACAUUUUCGCGGAGGACUCCAGUCGAGGACGAAAGAGAGACCGUAGCCACGAUCAGGGAGGAUACAUCGGAUAGUGACGUUUCAGUGAGGCCAGGAACAAGAGAUGAUACAAAAUCAAUGCCGCCUCCCCCGAAGCCUAGUCGGCCGACCUCCAUGAAGCCGCCAGGCGCCGUGGCUCCUGCAAGAACAACAAGCCUACACGCAAAGACAUCGUCCAAAGACACCAAUGGGAUGUCGAAGGCAACAGGCGGAACGGCCAUUACACAAAAGCCGGAUCAAGGCAUCAAACGAAGUGGCUCUACAAAACUUCCUCAGGGGUCGAAACUGGCAGCGCCUGCAUCAAAUUCUACGCAACAAGCCAUACCAACGCGCGGUAGUAGUGCCAGGGCGACCACCUCAACCACAGCUCAGAAACGUUCCUCAGUGAUUGUAUCCAAACCGCCAACCCUCGAGCCCACUUCCGGCGACGUGCAAUCGAUACCAAAAGGGGCUCCCCCAUCGCCUGCCCGGUCUACAACAUCGCGUCCUAGCACACGCAGCAAUGCAGCAGCGCCCACCUCGAAGCCCUCGUUCUCGACUUACCAGCAGCAUUAUAGCCCUGCUAAGUCAGCGUUACCGAAACCAGGAAUACCCAGCGGCAAGCCAGCAGCAGUCGCCAGACCACCUACUGCUAGUGGCAGAGAGGGAGAGGUGCCCAUAACUGCAGAAGUUGCUUUGGAGCAAAUCGACCUGCUUCAGCUAUCGCUUUUGCAUCGAUCAUCAGAGCAAGUGCUGGCCGAGUACGAAGCCAGCGCCAGACAGAAGUUGGCCAAACAACACGCCAGACUGCGAAAGGAGUACGAGUCGAUUCGCGGUCACGAGCUGGAGCAACGCAGACUCACGAACCUGUCCGCCAUCGAGACCUGGUGUCCCGACCACGCGCUCCUCGCUGAACACCUUCAAACGCUCAAUCGCGUGGUCACAGCACUCCGCAUGCACACCGAGCCAGGAAGUCGCUACUCCGAGCUAUCCGACACCUUCGACUCCUGGGCCACAAAAGCAGAAGCAACUCUCUUCGACGACACGCAAGCAGCAAGCUUCAUCGAGGCUCUCCCAGAAUCCUGGCGAGCAGCUCAUACAUCUUUGGCGCUCAAGCUCCGCUCGAUCCAACGAGACCUGGACACACUACCUCCUGUGCCGCCACCAUCAUCUUCGGACGUCCAAUCGAGUUUAGAGAUCAUCAUGGACAAUUGCUCGUCGCUGGUCGAUGACAUGCUGAAGUCAUUGGAGGUAAUGACGAAGCUGCAGAAGGAAGUGCUGCAGCGAGGCAAAGCUCGGAUUGACGAGCAGAUCAACGCGUUGAUGUCAACGGGUCAAGACGCAGAGAAGGAGAAUUGGGUACCGGCAUGGACAAGCGUUUCAUGA